GUCCGUUUAGUGCUAUGAAAGCCGCGGCUCAAGGCUCGACUACAGUUAAACACGUGGAGGACACGGAUCAUAAACAACGAAAAAUCAGCAAUAUCUCCACGUGUUCUACUGGAUCCGACGAGACGACGGAGGGCUGCAGGGAACGGAAGCUGGAUCUGGCCGGCUUAAUUGAAGGUGUUGGCGCUCUGAUAUUACCAAUGACUGGCUUUAUCAAUAGAGCCUUCCUCAACGUGUUUGGAAAAUAUGACAUUAAACAGCGAACCAAGGUCAGGAAACUUCUUGGCAACGAAUGGAAUGCCAUCGAAAUAGCUUGUAUUGACUUGGAACAGCAGAAUCAAGCAGUGAAUGAAGACACCUUGAUGAAGGUUGUGUAUGGAACACUGUCCGUUACCGGUGGAGAAUAUUCUGCCUUUAUGGAGGACCUGGGUACGGAAUACUUCCAUUUGUGUUUAGCGGAGUACGGUAAAUCCCUUAGAGCACUUGGAAGCAACCUCUGGGAAUUCUUCAGUAACCUGGACGGCCUGCACGACCAUAUCAAGUUAAGUCCUCGGUUCCAAGGCCAAAAGCUUCCGUCCUUCAGGUGUGGAAACGACCGGGAUAAAUUAACGCUGCAUUACUACACGGAACGGAAGGCCUUAGUGCCGUUUGUUGGUGGAGCAAUCAAAGCGAUGGCGAAUCUGGUGUACAACGUUGACGUCACAGUAUGCACUAAGUCCAGUAAGAAUGAGAAUUCUAAUCACCACAUCCUCACGGUGACGAGUGACAGUAAUAAUAACCAGGCACUGAGCAUUCUUUGCGCCAACCCCCCUUCUCUGUCCACCAAAGCAAUGGACUCCAAAGUCGGCGUGGUGACAUUCUGUAAAUCGUUUCCAUUUCAUGUCAUGGUGGACAAAAAUCUACACAUUUCCCAGUUAGGAGAGGCGUUAAUAAAAAUGGUGGCACACGAAUUUAUUCACAGAGGUUUGCAAUUCUCCACAUUCUUUGACAUUGUGAAGCCAGAAAUUCCAGCUAGUUUUGCCUCCAUUUUGUCGAGAAUAAACUGCAGUUUUAUGCUGUCAACAAAGCUAUUAAACAGAGCAAACACCACAAUUGCAAAGCGGAUGACACUAAAAGGCCAAAUGCUCCACAUCGAAGAGUCUGAGUCCAUCCUGUUUUUAGGAUCACCUUGCGUGGAAAAGCUGGAAGAACUGCUUGGGGAAGGGAUCUAUAUUUCUGACAUCCCUAUCCAUGAUGCCACCAGAGACGUUAUCCUAGUGGGCGAACAGGCCAAAGCUCAGGAUGGGUUGAAGAAACGCAUGCAACAGCUAAAGUCAAGUUUGGUUGAAGCCAGUGAGGCCGUCGAGGAAGAGAGGCAGACAAAUGUGAAACUGCUGCAGACGAUAUUCCCGGCGGAUAUUGCUCGAAAGUUGUGGAGGGGACAGAGUGUUGAACCGAUGAAAGUGGAGAAUGUAACGAUGUUAUUUAGUGAUAUCGUGGGAUUUACUGCCAUUUGUGCCACCUGCACUCCAAUCCAAAUCGUCAACAUGCUUAACUCUCUGUACACCCACUUCGACAACUUCUGCGGGGUGCUUGACAUUUACAAGAUAGAGACUAUUGGAGACGCCUACUGUGUGGCUUCCGGUAUCCAUAGAGCCAGCGCGUUCCACGCUCAGCAGAUAGCUUGGAUGGCGCUUAAGAUGAUGGAUGCAGCUUCUUCGGAAAAGACACAGGACGGAAGUGCAAUCAAGAUGCGGAUAGGGAUACAUAGUGGGUCUGUGCUGGCAGGAGUGGUCGGGGUGAAGAUGCCAAGAUACUGUCUCUUUGGAAACAAUGUUACCAUGGCCAACAAGUUUGAAUCAACGAGCGAGCCUCUGAGGAUUCACACAAGCCCGACGACAUACGAGUUACUGAUAACCACUCCGGGUUUUCUCUUCACCCCUCGCACCAUCGACUGUCUGCCGGGUGGCUUCUCCGAGACGGCAUCCGGCAUUUCCUACUUCCUCGAUAAUUAUGUCUUUCCUGGAACAUCAAACAAAGACAAUAACGAAAUAGACCACAUAACUUUAGCAAUCAAACACUUCCGCAUCAAGGAGUCUUAAAGGAGACUUUACUGCUAGAAGCUAUGUUACUCUGGUUCUAUGGCGCAUCGACGAUAACAUGCAGAGAUCAUAUCCAAGCUGCAAGAAAUUCUUUUUAUGGCACUGGCCGAAGUUUAAUUAAUUCAUCGAGAACUUUGAUGAUUCGGGUACUUACACCGUUACUUAGUCAGCUGUCCAGAAUUGGUGUAUCUGAGCGGUGAACCCAAUAUCUAAUGAGAGCUGUUUUGUAUGUUGAGUGGAAUUCAGUGUUUCGAUUAUAAAUCCACUGUAUAUGUGAUAACUACAAAGGAGCAAUAAUAAUAAAGUCGUUAUAACAUAUUACUGUUGUCUGCCUGCGACAUCUGUGCAAGCAUCAUCUGACAUUGGAAACACGUGACAAGGUUAAAUAGCA